AUGGAUAACCAUGGCUCCCAUCUUACAUUCGAAUUUAUCGACUUUUGCACACAAAAAAACAUCAUCCCAUAUUUCUUUUUACCCCAUACAACACAUCUCUGUCAACCGCUCGAUGGCCCAGCAUUCCAAAGCCUAAAACAUCAUUUUCGUACGAUGAAUAAUGAGAUUGUUAUGUGA